AUGGGUCGACUAGCUGAAAUGCAGAGGAAGCUCCUCGAGCAAAUGAUGGGUCCGGAGGCUAUGGGUGUCGCAAACGCCAACUUGACCUGGUCGGAUGAGAAAGUUUGCCGAAACUUCCUCUGUGGGACAUGCCCUCACACUCUGUUCACAAACACCAAAAUGGACCUCGGCGCUUGCCCGAAGUCGCACACAGAGCGACUGAAGACAGAGUUCAAUCAAGCUCGUGAAGCCAACCCCAGUGAUCCUAUAUUUGCGCGGUUCCAGAUGGAAUACGAGUCCAACAUUUUCGCAUUCGUGGAUGAGUGUGACAGGAGGAUUCGAGCGGCGCACAGGAGGUUGGAGAAGACGCCCGAAGAGAAUGCAAAGACAACGAAUCUGAUGAGAGAAAUUGCUGAAAUUGAGCUGGCUAUUCAAGGAGGAACCGAGAAGAUCGAAACUUUGGGCGAACAGGGCAAGGUGGAUGAGUCCAUGAGGGAGCUGGCUGCUAUCGAGGCUCUGAAGAGUGAAAAGGCGGACAAAGAGCGUGAACUCCAACAGUUGACCGAUACUUCAGGUGCUUCGGGACACCAGAAGUUACGUGUAUGUGAUGUCUGCGGUGCAUAUUUGUCCGUGUUGGACUCAGAUCGUCGCCUCGCGGAUCAUUUUGGUGGAAAGAUGCACUUGGGUUAUCACGAAUUGCGCAACAUGUUAAUUAAGUUCAAAGAGGAGCGAGAAAAGCGCAAGAUGGGACCUCCGUCGUCGACACCCUCCGCUGGAGCUGGUGCUUCGCCAGGACCUGGUGUCCCUCCCCGUGGUGACCGUGACUUCCGAUCCCGAGAUGAUUUCCGGGAUCGCGAACGUGACCGUGGAUACGAGAGACAUCCGUCGCGAUACGAGUCACGGCGCAACAGCACACUUCUGUUGGAUGUGUCCUGCUCGGAGUCAACUCUGUCUACUCGUUUCGCCUUGGCGCAUGGUCUACCGCCUACCGUCUCUCUGAUCUCAGGGGUUGCGCACUGUACCGUGUCCGGCCCAGUUGUCAUACCGUCGACGACGGGAUACUACACCUCCCACCACCCGUUACAUGUUGGAUAUAUUGCGGAUCCCGACAUCGUUCUUGGGCACGACUGGAUGGAUAUAUUAUGCCCGAUCAUUUCUGGCGGUGUACUCGCGGAUCCAGACCCGUUCGACACAUUCAACGCGCCACAAGGGUACACAUGGAUGGCUGUGCGCUCCGCCGACGAUGCAAGCACGCCCUCUACCUCUACCUCUACGUGCGGCUGCAGCUACUUCCCCCGGUACCCUUUCAAUGAAGGUGCGAGCACCUCUUUCUCUCCGUACGCCGACACUGCCGAUGGCAGUCAUCUCGUUGAAGUUGGAUCUCCGUCUGUGGCUGUUCCCACUCGGAACGGUAGUACUCUGUGUCCUAUCCGUAUGGCGGAUAGUGGUUCUACUCAUUGUACGUGCGCCUACGGUGUAGGCAGUUCUUCGUUUUCUGACCCGCACGUCGCGGGUGGUUCGCCUUUGUCAUCGCAACCUGUCUUUGUGCAAGGUUGCGAAUCUACCGGUCAUCGUCUCCCGUCAUUGAGUCCGAAUAUUGCAUAUACAUUGAGUAUCAUGUUUCCUAUACAUUCCUCAUCCUUCCUGUUCACAACUGAUGCCAACGAGGACCUGCUGGUGAGAACAGCCAAAGCACAUGGCAUUGAGACCGACACCAUUGCACUUUGUGUGCAGCAAGAAUUGAAAUCUGUAUAUUGA